AUGGCGAACCAACCCUCUAAGUCUGCUGUUAGAUCUCUUUGGCAGGAUCUCGAGAAGGAUACUCUAACUCUGAUAAACCGACCUAUCCCCGAACCCAAGCCAAACUCUGAUGAGCAUCUUAUCCGCGUCCACGCAACAGCUCUCUGUGCUGGAGAGCUCAGCUGGCCCAAAUCGUUUCCAAUACAGGGCAAGCAGGAGAUAAUUCCUGGUUACGAUCUCGCUGGAACCGUUGUUGCCGCACCAGAGACUUCCCCAUUUGCCGCUGGAAGUCAAGUUUAUGCUCGUACAAACUAUGUUCGGCCAGGCUGCGCUCGUGACUACACCAUUGCGGUGACCUCUGAACUCGCCCUUAGACCAAGCAAUCUAAGCUGGGCCGAGUCAGCAACGAUUCCCUUGUCAGCACUUACGGCGUGGCAAGCCUUGUUCGUUCAGGGCGGGCUAGGCGGGCCUGAAAAUCCUGAAAAUAAGGGGAAGAGGGUCUUCAUCACAGCUGCGUCAGGAGGGGUUGGAUUGUGGGUCGUCCAGCUUGCCAGGAUUGCAGGCCUUCAUGUCUCUGUGUCCUGCGGAUCUGAGAACGAACAAUUUGUCCGUGACCUUGGAGCGAAUGAGGUGGUCGAUUAUAAAACGAUGUCCAUAACUGCCUGGGCUGCUGCGGAUGAGAACAGGAAGGUAGAUUUGGUGAUUGAUUGUUUCGGUAAUCAGACAUUGAAGGAUGCUUGGGGGGCUGUGAAGGAUGGUGGGACGCUGAUCAGCAUUGUGCAGCCGCCUGAAGAGAGGAAGCCAGCGAAUUGCACGGCGAAAAAUGUGAAGAACUUCUUUUUCAUCAUGGAGCCGAACGGGGCCCAACUGGCUAAGGUCACGGAACUGGUAUUGCGAGGGAAAUGUCACGGAGUGCUUGAUAGCACAUUUAAGCUUGAGGAAUUUGAACAAGCAUUUGCAAAAGUCGACACUAGGCGGGCUAGAGGUAAAGUAGUCCUCAGUGUGCACGAAUGA